CUCAGCCGCACUGUGGCUUCGCGCUCUGAGCCAACAUCAAGUCAUCAGGCAGUCGCGGCUUCUCGUCCAGAGUAUUGAUAGUUAUGAUUCCAUUGCCGGACCUCUCAUCUCAUUGCUUCACACAUCACACCAACCUUGGAGUACCUACGAGAUCACGUACCUCCGCCACCUACGCACGAGUCACAUCAUUCGUCAUAUUGUUUGGCAACAUGGAAAAGCGUAGGUCGCUAGGACAGCCUUCGCCCGGGCGCGCACCGCCACCGACAUUCCUCGAGGCUACGACGCCGGCCGGGCCGUCGCAAGAUGCAUCGUCCUUCCAGACGCGGUUCGCGUGUGUCACCCUCAACAUGAUGGACCGGAUACGCUUCAUCAACUUCAACGCGAGCGAGGUCAGCGCCCUCAGGGGUGUCCUGGGGUCGGUGUGGCCGAUCCAGGACGUGCGCACAUACGGCGGGGCCGACGAGAUCAAGCUCAAGGGGUACCCGUGGCAGGAGAGAGUCAACGGAGACGACCAGGCGCGACGGCUCGUCAGGAGGAUGCUGGAGGCGCUCUACGACAUGGGGUGGGUGCUGCAGGCGGCUGUGGACGCAUCGAGAAAAGAGCUCGACAAGGACUCGCUCAUCUUCAGGUAUCAGAACCCGCCGCCGCCGCCGUGCGACUGGCUGAGCAUCUCGUUCGACUGGACGGACAAGAUGAAGAUCGUGGACGCGCCGCCGGGGGACCUGGCCGAGGCUCUGAUCGCGGAAUUCAAGGCGAAGUACCGGCUCAAGAGUCACGAGCUCGAGGGCGGCCGGCUGAAGCUCAAGUUCCACGGCCAGCCGUGGCAGGCGUCGGGCGAGGAGACGGUCAUGUCCAGGAUGCUGCUGCUGAGCCUCCUCGGGAUCCUGGAGAAAUUUGGGUACAGCCUGUACGCCAGCAUUGACCAGGUGAACGGGUCGGGGGUCGAGGCGGACGUGCUGGUUGUGACGAGGCAGAAAGGAUGGAGGCCAGGAAUGCCGAUAUGGCACCGAUGACCGGCCCAACAGACCAUACAGGACUAAACAGUACUUGUGCAGUUGUCCCACAAGAGUUCAAAGCAUGGGAGUAAGCAUAAGAGCAGGAGUAGACGUCGAGAAAUGAUCACGGCCCAUUGCUGUGUACAUGGACGCUCUGGCCGCUAACAAUGAUAAUGGUGGUGUUCCCACAAUCUGGCAGACCCUGCGUGCAACAGGGCUGAUGGCUGGCGCGAGGGGCCUGAGGACGUGACAUGACCGCGACAGACUGGGGCAGCUGUCACGGCAGACGGAGACAAUGUCGUGGGAGGAGCCCCACCCGUUGCGUCAGCGGGGUUGGGAUUGUCGAGGUAGGAGAGUGGCCCCGAGGAGGAGCAAGCUGCCGUCAGAAUCAACCGAGGGCUGGGCCGGGCUGCUUGCCGC